AUGAAGCUGCAGCAAAGCAAGCAGAUCCUGGUGAAGCGGGGUUGGGGCCUCAGCCUCAGGAUUGUGCAGUGGGUUGGGAUUUCCCACACCGGCAGGGAACAGAGCACAGCUUCUGCCACCACCCAGCAGCCGGCACAAGACCAAGAGAGCCCUGAAGAAGUGGCUGUGGUGAAGUCUGAGAAAAUAGAAGGAGGUGGUGACAGCAGCAGCAACAGCAUCAGUGAAGGCAAUGGGGAGGGUCAGGAAUCCCAGCCUUCUCCCUUGGCUCUGCUGGCAGCCACAUGCAGUAGGAUUGAGUCUCCCAAUGAGAACUCAAACAGCUCCCAGAGCCAGCAAGGAGGCUCGGGCGAGCUGGACCUCACAGCUGCCACUGCUCAGCUUGCCCAGAGCGCCAAUGGCUGGCAAAUCAUUUCCACUGGCUCAGCAAUGCCUGCCACCUCUAAGGAGCAAGGGAGCAACGGCAACAAUGGCAGUGACUCGUCAUCAAAGAGCCGCCCUGUGAGCACUGGGCAGUACGUGGUCGCUGCCACCCCCAAUCUGCAGAACCAGCAGGUGUUGGCUGGCUUGCCCGGUAUGAUCCCCAACAUCCAGUACCAGGUAAUCCCACAGUUCCAAACUGUGGACGGGCAGCAAUUACAGUUUGCCACUACCCCGACCCCAGUGAACGUCCAGCAGGAUGCCUCUGGCCAGCUUCAGAUCAUCCCUGGGACGAACCAGCAGAUCAUUACAAGUAGAGCUGGUACAGGCAACAUUUUAGCAGCCAUGCCAAAUCUCUUACAGCAGGCUGUGCCCAUCCAGGGUGUCGGCUUAGGCAAUAAUAGCCUCUCGGGACAAACACAAUAUGUGGCCAAUGUCCCUGUGGCUUUGAAUGGCAAUAUCACCUUGCUACCUGUCAACAGUGUGGCAGCCAGCUUGGCUCCCACGUCUCAGACGGUCACUUUAAGUAGCUCGGGUUCUCCAGACAGCAGCUCCCAGCCAGUCACUUCUGGUAUUGCCAUCAGCUCUUCCGGCCUGGCGACUUCCAUCACUAGCUCUGGCGCAUUUUUCACCAAUGCCAAUAGCUUCUCGACGACCACCACACCCAGUAACAUGGGCAUCGUGAAUUUUUCCACCAGUGGAACCAUGGGAACAAAUGUGCAGGUCCAGACGCCCCCAAGGGUUAGCAGCGAUCAGAACUCGGACUCUGUUCAGAACCAGGUGGCCCUUCAGCCAGGUCAGCAGAAGGAGGCUGAUCAAAACCAGCAGUCCCAGCAGCAGCAGAUCUUAAUACAGCCUCAGCUUGUCCAAGGAGGCCAAACUAUUCAGGCCCUUCAAACUGCUCCGCUCUCUGGCCAGACCUUUACUGCCCAAGCCAUCUCCCAGGAUGCCCUGCAGAACCUUCAGCUCCAAGCAGUCCCCAACUCUGGGCCGAUUAUUAUCCGAACACCGACCAUGGGGCCCAAUGGGCAGGUCAGCUGGCAGACAAUCCAGCUGCAGAACCCAGCCACUCAGACAAUCACCUUGGCCCCACUGCAAGGUGUAUCGCUGGGGCAAACUGGGAGCACCAGCACAACUCUUGCCCCUAGUGGCACCGUCACCGUGAAUGCCGCUCAGCUCUCCUCCAUGCCAGGCCUUCAGACCAUUAAUCUCAGCGCUUUGGGAGCAUCUGGCAUCCAGGUCCAUCAGCUUCAAGGACUGCCACUGGCUAUAGCCAACGCUGCUGGUGACCACGCUGCUCAGCUGGGCCUCCAUGGGGCAGGUGGUGAUGGGCUGGCAGAUGAUGGCACCGCUGUGGAAGAAGGGGAGACGAGUCCAGACCCGCAGCCUCAGCAAAGCCGGAGAAUACGGCGAGAAGCCUGCACUUGUCCAUACUGCAAAGACAGCGAAGGGAGGGCCUCUGGGGAUCCAGGCAAAAAGAAGCAGCACAUCUGCCACAUGCCAGGCUGUGGCAAGGUGUACGGCAAGACCUCGCACCUGCGGGCACACCUGCGCUGGCACACAGGCGAGCGCCCCUUCGUGUGCAGCUGGAUGUACUGCGGCAAGCGCUUCACGCGCUCAGACGAGCUCCAAAGGCACAAGCGCACGCACACAGGUGAGAAGAAGUUUGCUUGCCCCGAGUGCCCCAAGCGUUUCAUGAGGAGCGACCACCUGUCCAAACACAUCAAGACACACCAGAACAAGAAGGGCGGCCCGGCCGGAAAUGUGGCCAUGAGCGUCCCCAUGGACACAGCAGCCUCCUCAGAGGGCAGCAGCGGGGCCGCUCAGUCUGCCCUCAUUGCCACCAACAUGGUGGCCAUGGAAGCCAUCUGCCCUGAGGGUAUCGCCCGCCUCACUGGCGGUGGCAUCAUGCAGGUGGCAGACCUCCAAUCCAUCAACAUCAGCGGCAAUGGCUUCUGAGACCCGCAUGGACGGCAUGCUGGGUGCGGUGCACGCGCCCAGGGGUUCAAGCGAGUGUGGGUCCAAGAGGCGCGCGGAGAGGGAGCGGAUCGAUCUGUCCUGCCAGGUGUGCCGAGUGGGUGGGGGAGCAGCGCCUUCCAGCACUCAAACCCAGCUCCCCUCUGCCAGGAGCGCUCCCUGCACUCCAGCCCCCAGAGCCUGGCAAACCUCUGCCCGGGACUAUGUGGGGAGGCCGGAGAUCUUCUUGACUCAACUUAUUUCCCCCUCCCAGCCCCUGCCCCGUAAACAGCCUCCCUCUGUUCCCUGCCGUCAGUCCCCCGCGCCACCAUCAUGCCUUGGUUAAAUGUAUAUGAUCAUCGAAAUAACUUUUUAGCAAGAAAAAACAAAAAAAAAUCAGAUUCUAUAUUAUUAUUAUUAUUAUAUAUAAAUAUAUAAAAUAUAAAAUGUCCAUUGGCAAGAGGAGAGAAAUUGCUGCGACCAAACUCCUUUGGUCUCUCUUUUUUGGAUGCCUUAUCUUUGAACAGACAACGCCCUUAGGUGCUGUGUAUUGCAGCACCCAAGCUGCUGUUCAGACGCUCAAUUACAUUUUACAUUGUAACCGGAAACCAUUUAGCCGUUCCGUAUGCUUUGCUUUUAGGCUCUAUGGGUUGGGUUUCUCCCUCUUUUUGUUGUUUUCUCCCCUCCGUUUAUUUUAAUUAUUGGGGUGAGUUUGUAAAACAGUCACCCUUUGCCUUCCUCCGUGGUUAUUUUUUAAUUUUAAAUUGUCCCCCUCUUCUUCCCACUUUAUUUUAAUCCGUGCUCUUUCAUAUGUGUACAUGUUAAAUCGAUUGUAAGGGGAGGGGGGGUUGUUUGUUGUCAUUGUGCGGGUUCACUUGAGCUAUUUACCAUAGGAGGGGCUGGGACCCGUAGCAUGUUCUCAUUUUGGGGAUGGGUGGAAACAGGGAAGGAGGUAGAGGGACAUGAAAUGUUUGGGGCAGGUUUGUUUUUUUCAGCAGUCCAUGGUCUUAAAAACCAAACGUGAGCAACAGCACUUCCAGGGCCAGUCGGAGGGACCCGGGUCAUUUUCACCUCAGGUUUUGAAGUGGCUGAAAGCCACAAGCGUGCGGAAGAUGCGGCGGAGAGAAAAACUGCCAGGUAGCACUCGGUCCACCUGGGGCAGGAGGGAAGGAACUGUGGGUCUGUUCUCACCCCUGAGCUGUAGGCUGGGGUGCAUUGAGAAGCAGGGCAGCUCAGAGAGCUGGUGGAAUGGGCAGACCAUGGGCUGGAUCAGCCACGCGGGCAUGGACAAGGCCUCUGAGCACAUUGUGGUUAGUAGGAGCCAUGCAUCUUCAUUAGGUGGCACUAGUGUGGCACCUUGCAGGGUAUUUCCCCCAACACUACAUGGCUUUGAGCUCCAAGGCUUCCCCCUUUAACUCCUGGACAUGGGUUUUUUGGCAAUUAGAAGUAGAGACAUUUACCCCCAGGUCCUCGUCUUUUUUUGGGCAGAGUCCUCUUAAACUAGGCAGGUGGGUUGGAGGGGGCAUUUUUAGUCCUAAGCAGCACUGGGCGACCACAUCCUACUCUUUUCCUCCCCACCCUUCUCUUCCUGUUGUAUCCACAACAAAACAACCUUCCCUUUUCCCCUGCAGCCUCUGUGGAGCCCUGUUGAAAAAGAGCAAGUUGUCCCUGCAAAUAGAGAUCCCCUGGUACAGGAAGGAGAUGAUAAAGGAUCCCGGCAGUAGCAUAUAUCACCCGGCCUCCCUUGCCCUGAGGCAUCUAGGGCUCUGCCGUGUCUAACACAGCUGCGUCUCUGUGGUUCUCCCGUGGCCUUUAGUGUUUCAUGAUUUCUUUAGCGGGUCGUCUUUGGAGGCAGCCAGUGGAGAGAGGAGAUAGCACACUCCUUGGGGAGCGGAGCGAACUUUAUUUAAUUACGACAAGAAGCGAUGUUCUGGCAUGUUGUUUUUUUUUUCAUAAAAAAGAAAUAAGUGUAGAUAUGGCUGUGUAUUCCGGCCCCCUGUCGUGCUGAUCGUUUUAGUGCAGGCAGGUGCUUUGAUUUCGAUUUGCCCUUAUGCCAGGGAAUCAUAGGAAUCUUGGAGUCAGUGUUAGAUAGCAUCACAGCUACUCUGCCAUAGGAUAAAUAUCCUUGUCUGGGUGUGUGUAUAAUAUCCAGAAAGAUUUAUAUUGGAAGUUCUGUUGGAAAAGUUUGAAAAUAAAAUCCCUUUGUGGGGUGGGGCUGUUGCUUAUAGCAAAUUUUAUAAUAUGUAUCAGAGUGUAUUAAAACCAAAUCCAGGUUUGCUUGUGCAGGGCAGCAUUUGGCCUCUUGGAUCGAGGAAGAAAGAAGCAGAUUGCAGGUGAAAGUGCAAAUCCGUACAGCAGAAUCAGUGUGUUUUCAUGUCCCGGUCCCACUGUUCUCACUGACUUUUCAGCGCAUGGGUAGAAGGGGUUGGACUCUAGGAAAUUUCCCGCUCAGGACUUUCUUUGCUGGGAAAACUCCACAGAAGGCUUUUGGUGCGUGUGUGCAUGGUACGGACUUGCAGGGACAAAAACAGAUUGGUUGGAAGAUCUCCAAACAGCAUUAGAUGAAACAAACUUGCUAAGACCCUGACUCAGAACUGGUGACCAUGUUGUCUCUUCCUAAAGAAAAAGGAAUGUGAUGCUGACAUGUAGUUCACAUGCGUAUUUGUGUUUGGCCUACCUAAGGAAAACUGGGAGACUUGACAUAUCAGCGUCCCGUGCAGAGGGAAGUUACCCCGUCUUAUUUCUCUAGCAGGCUCAGGAAGAAUAAUGCAGGAUCUUAACUCUCGCUAACAAUCCUUGACCAGAUCCAGAGAAUCCUGAACUGACUGGAUGAGAUCCCAGCCCUGGGGCACAGAUGCUAAGAGAUGCUCUGGCCAAAUGCAUCAGGCUGCUUCUCAUCUACUGUUGCUUGGAAAAUGGGGGGAGAUGGGGCGUAAAGCCUUUUUGGACAGGGAUGUUGGGAGAAGCUGGAGUAUUCCAUCAGCAGGAGUGAACAGUGCCCUGCUCGGGGAUGACUGGGCCCAGAAAGGUUCUGGGAUCUGGCAUGGUCUGGCUAGCCAAGCUCCUUGCGCUCAGUUGUGUUGGCUUGAGGCAAGGAGAUUCGAGCAAGUACUGUGGAGAGGACGAAAUGAUCAGGGUUCCCUGCUGCGUUCUGUUCUGUCUCUUCCCACCCCGUGAUUCUGGUGCUGCAGAGGGGCAGCUUCUCUCCCUUUCCACUAUGGUGCCCUUUUCUCCGAGGUCCAGCUCUGCUCCCCUUUUUCCCUUGGAUAUGAUCCAGGUCCCUGGGACAGGCUGGGGGUGAGUGUUAUAGCACACCCUGGCCACUAGGUAUUAGCCCGGCUCCAAGCAGAAGGCCAGAAGGGAUCGCUGAGGGCCGUGCAGGCUCCAGCAUUAGCUUUGCUGCCUUGUGCAUUUGCAGGGUGGGGGGGUUUAACUACUAGCGCAAGGCUGUUCUGCAGCCCUCACCCUGCCCUCUCCCUUUCCACCGGUUUCUGCUACGGGAUCUUAAUGCCUUGUCGAUCCAUUUACCUCCUGCUCUGUGGGCUGCAGUCGGCAGGUGCUGGCCGUGGGCACAGCCCAGCCAAACUGUGAAGUGUCAACAUGUUUUACCUAGUGUUUUUUACCUAGCUGCAGGGAGGGAGGGAGGGAGGGAGAACUCCUGCUGUACAUUUUUCUGGCUGACAUCUUUCUGCUCUCUCUCUCUCUAUUUUUGCAUUUGUAUAUUUUUAUAGAGGAAACGUUAAGCAUUUGUAUUUUUGUACCAAUCUGUGAAGCACUAUGAAUCCCAGACGCAGACCCCUGCCCGUGCGUCGGGACUUUCCGCCUCUCGCCCACCUGGGAAGUUUGCGGGUUCGAUAGGAAGCAGUAUUUCAACACUGUUCGAUCUCCCUGCCCCACUGGGCUAGGUCAGCUCCUAUGUCUCAGGCAGCUCCUUGAGAGAGCGCUACCAUCUCCUCCCUGUCGCUGGCCUUGAUGUAUCCAGGGGGAUUUGGAGCACUCUGAGAUCCUUGCAGGUUACAACAUGGUGCGUGGCUGGUGUUCAGCACCGUUGCCCAGUACGUGCCAUCUGGCAGAGCCCAUGUCCCUAGCGAGAGCAUGUUGUCCUGCCCCUUGUCCAUCCGUCCUAGCUGCCGUCUCACCCCAGCUUGUCAGUGCAGAAGCCUGAUGCGUCUGGAAGGGACAUGACAGGAUUUAGGUGCCAAAUUUUUUCCUUGCGGGACUGGGGGAUCUGAUGAGGAAGGAGUGGACAGUAUUGUGCAUUUCUCGAGCAAGGCCUGAGAGGGUGAGGCUGUUUGGAGCCCAUGGGGUCUCAUGGCAUCCCAGAAACGCAAGCACUGGAGCCCAUGCCCUGGAGGAGGGAGGCUCUGCCCAUUGGGGCACCAGAACUGCUGUUGCAGUUUGCCAAGAUGUUAAUUUUCCUAUGGAAACACACCCAGCAGGAAGGGCCUUGCAGACUUCCUGCUCCCAGAACCAGGGCCUGUGCCAUGCAAAGCAGCAGCCUCCCGGGCUGUCUGGCCUGAGGUCCAGGGUUUGCUCUUGCUAGCUUCAGAGCAGCAGCUUCCAGCCGAAAGCAGGACACGGGCUCAGCCAGCAGAAUAGAGAUGUUGAGAGCUAGCCUAGUCCAUGCCAGGGCCAGCUAAUGUGCAGAGCUGAACUACCUGUACGUACCCCAGCCUCCAGGGAGCGGGAGCAGGGCAAAGGGACGGGGCUCACCUGGGCCACCAAAGGCUCUAGUGGCUUGAAGGUGCACAGAUCCUUUCCCUUGGGACCUCUUUGCCAGUGCUGAUUUCUCACGGCUGCAGAUAGCACUGGGCUUCUUCCACCUCCUGGCUUGGUUCCCUCUGCUCUUGUUAGCAUCACUGUAUUAGCUGGCUAGUUCUGUUGGCAUUGGCGUGGCUGCAGCCGCCUUGGGCUUGCAGCAGGUGCGAGGCGGCCACAUCCCACCCUGGCAAAGAUCCAGGGCACCGGUUCCCAUCCAUGCCAGGCCUGGGGACCCUUGCCUCGUAUCCUCAGUAACAACCCUGGUUUGGGCUGGAGCUGUCUGGGCAGCGAUGCGGCAGUUUCCAACUUGGUAGGUGAACCCCGAUUCCCCUACCCUCCCUUUGCUGCCAGGGUCUUGCUCCCCUUAAAUUGCACUGUUCCUUCAAGCACACACCAGCCGGCCGCUGCCUGGGGGACCCUAGGCCGGGGCUGUGGGAGCACUGUAUAGUCCCUAGCCCGCAGGUGCCUGCGGGAUCAAAUGUGCCUUUUUUUAUACAGGGGCUCCAAGCAGUAAAGCCAUGUUCAGCCAGGGGUCCCCUUUGCCAAUCGGCCUCGUCCCGGGAAUAUCUUGUUUUCGAAGCAAUUUUUGACGCCAUAGAUGGUUGGGAAUGGCCUAGCUUUAAUCUCCCCAGAAUCCCAUUACCCCUUGUUCCCACCACCCGCUGGGGAAAAGGCACGUGUCCACUACUUCUAUGCAUUACAGAGUGGAGGGGAGAGGGAAGGAUCUUGCCGUGGGGCCCUCGAGGAGCCGCAGAGACAUUUCACCAGUGCCUCCCGCCGCUCACUGCGCUUUCCCUCGGGGCGGGGGUUUCGGUGUUGGGUGCCCAUCACCGCCGCGCGCAACCUUCUGUAACACUGGCAAUAAUCCUCUGUAUCCAUGUAAAGACCCUUUUAUCUUGUAAUGAUGUCUCUGUGCUUUUUUUAAUCCAAUUGCCGAUGUAAUGAUGUCUGAAACACAUUUUAAAAGUGCUAUUUUUUUUGUACAAAGAUUAGAUAUUAAAUGUAGUUUGGCUCCUUUGUAAA